GGUGGCUCGUUCAAUCACAACAAAGCAACAUGAUGGAUGUGACUAUCCUGCUCUCGCACAUAAUCUUGGCUACUUCGAUACGCAUAUUAGAUGCACAGUCGUGUUCAGUAUACACCUCUGGUAGCGCCGACACUAGUGCCGACGACACAAGCACUAAUACAGCCAUAUAUGUGAACAGGAGGUCGCAGGAAGAAGCUAAGUGUAGUGGAACAGUGUAUGCAUGGCACUACUGCUACUACCCUGACAACAUGAACCUAUCUUCAGUGGCAUUUGGGGUAUUCUCAUCACCAGCAACAUAUACACUCUUCGCGACGGUAGCUACCAUCUUCUCCACAUGGAUAUGCGAGAAGAUACCUUUAACUGUGGCAAUCUGACACUGGAUCCCUCGGAGUACUUCCAGAUACAGGAAGGAGACAGAGUGGGAGCUUGUCUCAGACCUGAUGGAGACACAGAAUACCUUGACAUUCUCAGAGAUCAUAAAAAAAGAAGAGUUGAUUCAUGGACAGGUGGCGGCAGCUGCACAGAAGCAGAUAUGGAAAUAUCUCCUACUAUAGAUGGUUCCAACAGACAAAAAGCACAGCUCCAUCUUUACGUGGAUAUCAACAUUGAUGAAUGUGCUGUGGGGGUGAACAACUGCCAUACAGAUGCUACGUGUUCAGAUAUUGUGGGAGCUGAUGGAAGCUUUCAGUGUUCUUGUAACACUGGAUACUCUGGAGAUGGUUUGAGCUGCAUCAAUAUUGAUGAGUGUGCAACUGACAUGGACAACUGUGCAGAGCAGGCUACAUGUACUGAUAUUGAGGGGAGUUACAGCUGUAACUGUGAUAUUGGGUAUACUGGAAAUGGCACAGAAUGCAUCGACAUAGAUGAGUGUGAAAAUAACAGUGACAGUUGUGAUGUAAAUGCAGACUGUAACAAUACCAAUGGUAGUUUUUCCUGCUCAUGUAAACGUGGCUACUCUGGAAAUGGAGCGACCUGCACUGAUGUAGACGAGUGUCUGGAGACUGAGAGUAUGUGUGGUAUGAAUGCCAAAUGUACCGAUACUGAGGGGAGCUACAUGUGUACUUGUAGUGAUGGAUUCACUGGAAAUGGAUCCAACUGCUCAGAUGUUAAUGAGUGUGAGUUGGACCCCAGUGUCUGUGGUCCUCGACUGUGUGUCAACACUGAGGGGAGUUAUGAGUGUACAUGUCCCACUGGCUACAUGUGGAAUGAAACAGUGUGCAAUGAUAUGGAUGAGUGCCUGGGAGAGGUAUCAAAUGACUGCAGUGCAGCUGCAGACUGUUUAAACACUGCUGGGAGCUACAGUUGUCACUGCAAGCCAGGAUAUGGGGGAGAUGGCAUCAAUUGCUCAGAUGUUGAUGAAUGCAGUGUGAGAUCCCAUGACUGUAGCAAGAAUGCCGAGUGUCUAAACAUUGAGGGAGGCUACAACUGCCAGUGCUCAAUUGGGUACACAGGCAAUGGCAAAGUCUGUGAAGCCCUGCCAGAUGUUAGAGAGCCAGAGGAACAGAAGACUGGUGACAGUGGCUCUAACUUGGGACUCAUAUCAGGAGUGACAGUGACAGGACUCCUAGUUGUUGCUACUCUACUGAUAAUUGGAGUUCUCUUUGCUCUAAAGCUUAGAAAACGCUCAAAGUCUGUACAUUUCGCUAGCAGUGUAGGCUUUGAAAACAAAACAUAUGGAGUAGGUACCAGGAUGAGCACUAUCAGCUUUAAUGGAGAUUCAACUGCAGUUCAACAUAGUGACCUGGAUAACCCCAUAUACGAUGGAAUACUGCCGCAAGAUGAGCAGGAAUCAGAGUUGACAAUGAGAAAAUGCUGUCUUGACAUACAAUGCUCAGUGGAAGGCAAUGUGUAUGACAAUCCCACUCUACUACAAGGACUACAUUCUCCAACAGGAAAUUAUGGACCAUUAGAGUGCUAUUCAGCCGUUGACUACUACUCUACACUUAAUGAGUACAGCUACAUGGAGCAAGAGUAUGGCAACAUCGUCAGAAAGAUAAUGCUCAUAGUGGAACUGCUAGAAAAGGGAGACCUACGCCAGGCACUCAAUAAAAUGAGACCAGAUCCUGGUCAACUCCACUCAGUUGAUCUUCCCCUGACUCUGUUGGCCUUCAGCCGCCAGACUGCCCUGGGGAUGCUCUACCUCUCAGGGAAAGGCUUUGUCCACAGAGACAUAGCAGCCAGGAACAUCCUUCUCUCUCACAACAACAUCUGCAAGAUAAGCGACUUUGGGAUGUCACGUGAUUUGGAAGAUGAAAACUACUACAUGUCUCAGGGAGGGAAGGUGCCAGUCAAGUGGACAGCUCCAGAGGCUCUUGCCUACAAGAAGUACUCCACAGCCAGUGAUGUGUGGAGCUAUGGCUGUCUCAUCUAUGAGAUAUGGAGUCUUGGACAUAAGCCUUUUGAAGGAUACACCAACCGAGAAGUCGUUCAGAGGGUGGAGACAGGAUACCGCCUACAACCCCCUCCAGGCUGCCCAGAGGCUGUAUACAGCCUCAUGAUAGACUGCUGGAACCCAGAUCCAGCCGAGCGUCCAACAUUCCAGCAGAUUCUCCUGACUCUUCUGGGAGAUGACAAGGCUCUACUGGCAGUUCCUACAGAGGAGAGGGCCUCUCACAGUCUGGCUGGAGUCCUGGGGUCUCCACUGGAGGCCGGUCACAGCAUGUACCUCAACAGACAGAACUCCUACCUUACCACCUGAUAUAUAGUAUUUUGACAAAUUGAGCUAAAUGACACUCAAGGCAGGCCUUGAGAUACAUUGUAUUGUAUCAACAAUUAGUGUACUUAACUCACAGUACUAAAUAAAGCUGACCUUCAUGUUGCAUUAAUUGUGUUUGUAAAAUGUGUCAAUGGUGGGAUAAUUAAUAGAUGAC